UGUAAUGGAAUGCUCAUAGUUCUCUAGUAGCUAAUUUCAGCCUAAGCUUAGUCCCGUCUGUAUAUGUGUGUACCCAUUUCGAAUAUAUAUUUUGCAAUAGAAAGCGACCCUGGAAAAGGGUCUCAAUUUGCCUUACUAAAACGUUUGUAUCAUGCUUGUGUGUAAAUUAUGUUUAAUUUUUGUACAUAUAUAAGAAACAAUAAAGAGAUCUAAUUUAAGUGAUAUUCUUAUCGCCUACUGUUAACUGGAAAAAUUAUUAGUUUGUGUGCUAAGCAGAUCGUUUAAGAGUGUGGUUAUUAUAUUCAAGAAAGACAUAUGACGGGCCUUAGUAGUUCCUUUGCGAGUAACUUCUAUAUUGGCAAGAUUUAGCCCGAUGAAGGAUUUAUAUCCUCACUAUUACAUAUGAGUGAAUUGUCAAUAUACUUUAAUGGAUUUUCCUCAAUGACAAAUCAUUAGCCAUUCUUUUACUACAGUACAAAUCUCAUAUAAUGUCAGAUGAUGAUGCCACCUUGGAUUCAAUGGAUACUGAGGAAGAUAUAUUUAAUCCCCAUAGUGAUUCUGUUAGAAGAGCUAAGUCAUUGCGUACUUUACGUUCGCAUUCACAUAGUACUAGCUCACAUAUGACUAGGAAUAAUUUAAGUGUACGACGUAGCACUCGUAAUAGAAUGCAAACCUAUGACAACCUCAAUACUAGUUGGAUUUUAGGAACGCAAACUUUAAAAGGAUAUCCUAUGUUUCAACAACAUGGAUCUUCAUCUGAUAAAGAAAUGGUAGAUGAAGUACCUGACAGGAAGCGUGAUUUACGUGAUCGUAUGCCUUUAAGAUCACGUGAAAAUCAUCCUCCUAAUAAAAAUUCAAGCAGACAUAUUAGAGAUAGAUCUGAUCAUGAUCAUCAAAAUAGUAGAGAACUUAGGGGACGAUCUGAUCGUGAUCUUAGAGAAAAGUCGGAACAAGAAAAAGAUAUUAGAGAACAUAAAGAUAGACAAGGACGAGAAAAGCAAGAUAGAGAACAUAAGGAUAAAUUAGAAACAAGAAAUAAGUCUGAAGUAAGAACAUCAAAUGAAGAAAAGGAAACAAGAACAAGCAAAUCUAAUAGUCCAUGUAGGCUUAGAGAAGGACCUGUGACUAGGCUGUGUGGAAAUUCUUUAGAUAAAACUGUAAAAUCGAAAGUAGAACAAGACGAAGCAGAAGAUAGCUCGCAUGAGAGCGAGAAACAAGAAAAUAAUGAUAAUUCUGAGAAUGAAGAUGGAUAUGAGGAUAUGUAUACUCGUAUUAAGCGUACUAGAAGAACUACCCAACGACAAUUACCAAGGGGUAAGAAGCUUACAGUUGUAGAUAGUGAUUUAAGUGAAUCAUCAGAUUCUCCUGGCCCUAGAAAAUACAGUUUACGUCAAAAAAAACCAACUGUAGAUAGAUUUCAAGCUAAUGUUGAACCAGUUAGACGAUCUAUAAGAGCUCUCAGGAGUGUGCUUAGCAAUUCUAUGAGAAGACGAAAGCACAGAAGCAAAAGUACAAGUUCAAGUGAUUCUAGUGAUUCGGAACCGCAACGAUAUGAUAAAAAAAAAGGGAAAAAAGCAAGGCAAUCAGCAAUACCCCAAGGCGGUCCUCCAGAUCGUAAAGCAGAUAUAAAUCCAAUUACGUUAGAUACAAAUAUUAGGUUCAGUGAUGUAGGUGGCUUAGAAUCACAUAUCCACUGCCUUAAAGAAAUGGUUGUUUUUCCUAUGAUGUAUCCAGAAGUUUUCGAAAGAUAUCAUAUCACACCUCCAAAAGGUGUCCUCUUUCAUGGCCCACCAGGAACUGGAAAAACAUUAAUAGCUAGAGCAUUAGCAAAUGAAUGUAGUCAGGGUAGUAGAAAAAUGGCCUUUUUUAUGAGAAAAGGAGCAGAUUGUUUAUCAAAAUGGGUUGGUGAAUCAGAACGGCAAUUGAGAUUGUUGUUUGAGCAGGCUCAACAAAUGAAACCGUCCAUUAUAUUUUUCGAUGAAAUUGAUGGUCUUGCACCUGUUAGAAGUACCAAGCAAGAUCAAAUUCAUGCUAGCAUCGUAUCUACCCUUUUAGCACUUAUGGAUGGUCUUAGUGACAGAGGAGAGGUUAUAGUAAUUGGUGCAACAAAUAGAAUAGAUGCAAUUGAUCCUGCACUACGAAGACCUGGUCGUUUCGAUCGUGAAUUAUUUUUUCCUCUACCUGCAAUGAAAGAAAGAUUAGAAAUUUUGAAAAUUCAUGUUAAUAAAUGGGAAAAUCCACCAACUGAACAGUUAUUAGAAAUAUUAGCUGAAAAAGCAACUGGUUAUUGCGGUUCAGAUUUAAGAGCUUUAUGCACCGAAGCGGUACUACAGGGAUUAAGAAGAACAUAUCCACAAAUUUAUAUGACCAGCAAUAGAUUGCUUUUGGAUCCUCGACAAGUAGAAGUAAAAAAACAAGAUUUUAUGCAGGCUAGUUCUACUUUAAUUCCAUCAUCACAAAGAGUAACUCCUUGUGCAGGCAGAAAAUUACAACCUUUUAUGGAGCCUCUAUUAGGUCCUCCAUUAGAAGAAUUGAUUGGUUUAGUAAAGGGAAUAUUUCCUCAAGGUGUCAAUCCAGCUAUGGCAAAAGUGAAAGUUACUAAAGGAAUACAUCGUCCAAGGUUAUUAGUUUCUGGUGGUAAUUUAUCUAAAGGUCAAGGACCUCAUUUAGCACAGGCUUUAUUACAUCAUAUGGAACAUUUACCAGUACAAACAUUAGAUGUUAGUACACUUUUUGCAGAGAGUGCACGAUCUCCAGAAGAAACCUGUGUGCAGGUGUUUAAUGAAGCUACCAGAAAUGUACCGUCCAUUAUUUAUAUACGUUCGAUUGAUCAAUGGUGGCCACUGGUUCCAGAGACCGUAAAAGCUGUUUUUUUGUGUCGUAUUGCAGCGCUUGAUACUUCAUUGCCUAUAUUGAUUCUUGCAACUAGUGACGAAACAUAUCAAGAUCUUCCUAUGCAAUUAAAAAAUCUUUUCAGUGAACUUCGUGGCGAAGUAUAUACUAUGAAAAUUCCAAAUUCGGAACAAAGAUCGAAAUUUUUCAAGCCUAUAUUUACGGUUCAAAGUUUAAGACAACCACAAAUUAAGGAUAACAAAGUUCAAGUAUUAGAGGAACUUCCUUUGGCUCCAGAUCCAAUGCCAAAGAAGUUAUCCGACGAAGAGAAAAAGAUGUUGUAUGAAAAAGAAGAAGUAUCUUUAAGAGAACUUAGGAUUUUCUUGAGGGAAAUAUGUGCCAAACUUGCUAGGAAUCGACAAUUUUUCAUGUUCACAAAACCAGUAGAUACCGAAGAAGUACCCGAUUAUAAUAUGAUAAUAAAGCAACCUAUGGAUUUGGAAACUAUGAUGACUAAAAUUGAUAUGCAUUGUUACCUAUGCGCUCGAGAUUUUCUGGAUGAUAUUGAUCUUAUUUGUAGAAAUGCAUUGGAAUAUAAUCCAGAUAGCUUGCGUGAUAGGCCCUCCCUUGGGAUAUUGAAGAGGGAUCCAGCGGAUAAAUUGAUUAGACACCGUGCCUGUUCUCUUCGUGAUAAUGCAUAUGCAUUGAUUAAGGCUGAAUUGGAUUCUGAUUUUGAAGAUAAGUGUCGUGAAAUAUCUAAAAAUCGUAAAAUUAUUGAAACCAAUCAUAAUGACGAAAUGCAAAAUAAAAUUACAAAAACAGAGAUUACAUUGUCGAAUGAGAAAAAUGAUAAAAAAGAUCCUGAAUUAGUAGUAAAUAAUACUCUGUCUGUAAAUGGGAAAAGAUUUAGUCAAUCCAGAAAACGCAAGAUUCCUGCUUGGGCUAGAGGAUACGUAAAGAAGGUGCAAAAGAAAAAGAAAAUUAGCUUCGACGGUAAUAUUUCUGAAAUAAACAGUAAGGUAUGUCUAACUAAUGAACCCUCAGUUGGUAUAGAUUUAGAGAAAUUUCAAGAAUUUGAAACAGAAGCAAAUAGUGUUUUAAAUGGUCAUGUACCACUAUAUGAUAACACUGAUUCUGAGAAUGAUUCGCAAAAUGAAAACUCCAAGGAUAUUCAAAUAAAUCAAAAUGACAAUAUGAUAGAGCAGCGAAUUGAUGAUUUUGAAAAUGUGGAAAUAUGUUUCAUAGAAGAUGAUAAGAAUAUUGGAAAUGAUGUUUCAAGUUCAUCGUCCAGACGAGAAAGUUUAGAUGAAUUAUCAUUUGCAAUUGAGAGUGAUUCUAGUCCAUCAAAAGUUGAUGAAAACGAUAAAGUUAUUAUUGAUAAAAAUGAACUUGAAACUGCUUGGUUGCACACUGUGGAUGUUACAAAGGAUUUCUCUGUGGAGGUAUUGUGUGACAUUUAUGUGCAAUUAAGUAGGUGUGUAGGAAGAUACGCGCAUCAUUAUGAUAGAAAAUCACUGCCAAAGGACUUACUCAAGGAACUGGAAAGAUUUGAAGAGUACAAGACAAGUUUGUAUGAGAAAGCACAACAUAAUUAGUCAACUAAAUAUGCAGUAGAAGAUAUGUUGUGAAUUGAUGUAAUUUCACCAUAAAAAAAAGACUUAUUAUGUACUGGCACUAAAAGUACAGUCAAAUGUCAAACGAAAAUUCAGUGCCGUACAUUUUUCAGUUCUUAUAACUGCCAAAUAUAAAAUAUUUAUAAAUGAUUGUCACUAUCGUAAUAGUUGAAUUAAUAUGUAAUAAGAUUCAAAAGAAAUGUUUCUUUGAAAAGACAAACAAGCUUUAUUGUUUGCAAAUUGCAUUGGCUUUUUGUAAACAGAAGAAACAUAAAAAAAAAAAAAAAAAAAAAAAAAAGAAAAAAGCAAUAGAACAUUGAAGUAAGAACAUUUUCCCUAACUUUAUAAAGAAUAAUUCUUUUUAUAGCUGACAGUUAUUUAUAUUAUUUAUUAUUAUUAGUGAAAAAUUUACAAUCUUUUAGAAGGAGUUUUUAUUUUUAAUUAUUUGAUAUUAUAUAUGUUUACGCGCAUUUCUUUUUCUUUUUCUUUUUUUUUAUUUUUAUUUUAAUAAUCAUUGAUGAUAAAACGAAUUUGGAUAAAGUGAUACGAAGCGAAUAUUUUUUUUAGUAAUGUGAUCAGUUUUUUAUACGACAUAACAAUAAUAAGAAAGAAAAUAGAAAUUUUACUAAAAUCAUGCAAAUCACAUGGUUAUACAAAGAUGAUGGUAAAUUAGUACAUUAUGUACUUAAACGAAUUUCGCUAAUAUAUGGAAUUGUAAUUAAACUAUUCUAUAUAAAGUAGCACUAACAUAUUGUUAAAUUGUCAUAUAACAUAUAUUACCAAAUUAUAGAACCAUUUAAAUUUAUAUUAUUGUAUAUGCCAUUACAGAUUACGUUACAUGCAAUAGAGAAUAUAUAGCUCCGACGAAUAUUCCUGAUACAAUAUUAAUUUUACAAAGUGGAUAUAAUUGGAAAAACUAAUUGAGAACAAAUCAUAUAGGUAAUAUUAACAUCUUAAAAAAGUUUUCAUUUACCCACGUCAAAGUAAUAAAAAAAUAUUCUCUUGACUUUUUAAUCUGCACAUCAAUAUUUUAAUGUUUCAUAUAUUUUUUUAUAUUUAAAAUACAUACAAACGAAUUAGAUGCAGAAAGGAAAUAUUUUCCACUUUGUAAAAAUAAAAAUCCAAAUGUAUAAGAAAAUAGUAUAAAUACAUUCCAGGUAAACAAUAAUCAUAUAUUGAGGUAUUACAGAGGUAUUUAAAUUUUAUAUAUGUAUAAUUUAUUUAUAAGUAAGUGAAUUUAACUUCUAUUGUAUUUAUAGAUAAAAUAGUACAUUUUUAUUUUUAUUAGGUUCACACAGCAAAAUUUUAGAUAAAACAUAAAUCUUAUUGCACAAGAUCACAAGAAAUUCAAUGAAGCAACAUAUACAUCACAUCUCGUUGCUAAAGGUUCAAUUUAAUUAAGCUUUCCAUUAAGAUUCUUAAACACAGAUAUUAUUAUUUGAUUUGUAUAAUCUAUAAUGCAUCUCAUGUGAUAAUCUGAUGUAGCAUAAAUCAUUUAAAGGUUUGAUAAUUUAUGCAAGAUAUAAUUGAUAUAUGCUUAAUGGACAUGAUGUAUAAUGAAAAAGAAAAAGAAAAAAAAAACUGAUUAUUAGCGAUUUAUUUUAACCAAAGUUAUCAAAUAUAUAGAUUAUUAGCUUGUUAACAGUAUAAGAAUUGAUAAAAUUAAAAAUCUUCAAAUAAUUUUAGAAUACUUUGACGUGUGAAAAGAAAUACGAAAAUGUAUAAAUAUUAUAAUGACAUAUAUAGUUUUCAAUAUAAGUUUAUAUGCCGGUUGUGAUCUACAUCGUUACUGUGAGAUGAUAGUUACCAGAUAAAAUGCGUUAAUGUGUCAGUCUUAUUAUAUUAUAGCACAGAGAGAGAGAGAGAGAGAAUGAGAAUGAGAGAGAGAGAGAGAGAGAGAGAGAGAGAGAGAGAGAGAGUUAUUCAAAUUUGAAUAUUAUACUACCAUUUCUUAAACAAGGCUUUACUGUGCUGCGCUGUGCAUUUCUAAAGAAUUGAAGAUGAAAUUGAAAUGAUUUGUAGAAAGAAAAUUGAAUUUUUAAUAUAAAAUUCACUUUUAAAAGGCGAAGGAGAAAUCCAUUAAAUUUGAUUCCGUAUGAAAAUGUGAAUUUAUGUUACCAUAAGAACUCUUUAAGAUUCCUCUACAGAAUCUUAUGUCGUGAUCAAUUGAAAUUAAUACGUACUUUACUUAAUGUUUAUUAGCAAAUAGGCCUUAAAAGACUGAAUUUGAGAAACAACCUUUCAUUUUCUAGCGUUUCUUUUUUUACAAUUGAAUUAUAGAUAAAACGUAAUGAUUUUAUUUGAUGGUGGUAAAUUAAUGUAAAUAAUAAUAAAUAUCGAAAUGAAUAAUUUUUAUAUAAACACACACACACACACACAUACACACAUACAGAUUAAAAAAUAAAUAAAAUACACGUUUAUUGACUUUUUUCAAAGUACAUCGAACUUCUUUUUUUUAUAUCAUUUUUUUAUUGAUUAUUAAUUAUUAUAUAUACAUAUAUACACAUACACAUAUAUAG